GACAGCAGGAGGAAACCAGAGGAGGGUUCAGCUUCAACCUGCUGAGCAGGAAGAGAAACUCUUCAAACGCUGGCUGUUGUUGAGAGGAGAAAAUGGCUCAGAGAGGAUCUCAGCUGGAUCCACUAAAGUUCUCUUGCUCCAUCUGUCUGGAUCUCCUGAAGGAUCCGCUGACGGUUCCCUGUGGACACAGCUACUGCAGCAGCUGUAUUCAAAGCCACUGGGAUGAAGAGAAGAAGGGAAUCUACAGCUGUCCUCAGUGCAGGAAGGAGUUCAGACAGAGACCUGACCUGGAGAAGAACCUCCUGUUAGCAGAGUUAGUGGAGGAUCUGAAGAAGACUGGACUCCAAGCUGCUGCAGCAGAGAGCAGAGACAAACUGCAGGACGUCCUGAGAGAGACGGAGACAGACGUCUCACUGAGAACCUCUGAAGAGGAGCUUUCACUGCUGCAGCCUCAGCCAGAGAGCAGAGCAGACUUCCUGCAGUAUUCGACUCAGAUCAUUCUGGAUGGAAACACUUUAAACAGCAGGCUGUCUUUGUCCAGCGGGGACAGAAAAGCCACUUUAGUGCUGCUGCAUCAGCCGUAUUCUGAUCAUUCAGACAGAUUCAUCGGAACCUUUCAGGUUCUGGGCCGGCAGAGUCUGACUGGACGUCAUUACUGGGAGGUGGAGUGGACGGCGAGAGGAGUGGAUGUAGCAGUGACGUACAAGAACAUCAGCAAGGCGGACCAUGAAUAUGGGUUUGGAUGCAACGACAAAUCUUGGGGUUUAAUUUGUUACGACAAAACUUUCACAUUCCGCCACAAGAAGAUCAGAACUCCCCUCUCGGGUCCCUGCUCUCCCUCCUCCAGGGUGGGAGUGUACCUGGACCACAGAGCAGGGGUCCUGGCUUUCUACAGCGUCUCCAUGGCGACCAUGACUCUCCUCCACAGAGUCCACGUCGCCUUCACGCAGCCCGUCUACGCUGGAGUGAACAUUUAUCCCUGGGCCGUGCACUUCUGGAACCUGAGGAAAGGAACGUCUGUAGAGUUCCUGAAGCCUCAGUAGAGGACUUCCUCACUCACACACACACACACACACACACACACACACACACACACACACACAUGGCCUUUCAAAUGAUCAGAAUUGUAAUUCUUUUAAUGGUUCAUUCUGGACAAUUAACAAAUAGUUCUUCUGUAACAAGGACAAAAAAAUGAUAAAUUGAUCAAAUUGUUUUGGCUUCAAGAGUCCUGUGUAUUUGAUUUAUUGAUUUGUUCUCUUGUUGAACCAAUAAACACUUGAAUAUC